UUGUUGAGAAUAUUUAUUUAUGCUCGUAACUAUAAACAACGGGCAAAUCUGAUUAUUUAUUGUGUGAUUGGACAUCUGCAUUCGGAGCUCACUACUCUUUUUGAUUUCAUGAAAGAAACGAAUUAUCGAGUUAUUAGUUACAAGUUCAGGUAACCAAACUUAGUAGUUUACAAAACGAAGCGAUUUAACAUAAUGUUUAUUUUUGCAGGCGAGAAGCCGUUCAAAUGUGAGUAUGCGGGCUGUGACAGGCGCUUCGCCAACUCGUCGGAUAGAAAGAAGCACUCGCACGUGCACACGUCCGACAAGCCAUACAAUUGCCGCGUGCACGGCUGCGACAAGUCCUACACACAUCCCUCCAGCCUCCGAAAGCACAUGAAGGUGCAUGGCGCCGCUGGGGACGCCUCGCCGCGCUAUGACAGCGAUGGCGAUGACUCGUCCUCCGCCGCCAGCGUCAGCGUCACCGCGGGCGCUGCUAGUCCGCCCGCGCCCGCGCUCCCCGCACCGCCAGCGCCCCCUCCCCCGCCACCACACGCGUCACACCAUCCGCACCACCACGCCUCCAUUACUGACAAGCUGGAAAGCCUCAACGACAAGUACCUCAGCCCCCACGACCACAAGCCCUACGAGCGGCCGCCAGCACCGCCGCAUCAUGCCCAACCUCCGCAUCUCACGAACAUUGGUGGCAACGGCAUGAUGGACAACAAGCUAGGAUUCGGCGGGCACUGGUCGCAGUUCCAGCAGCCGGCGGCCGCGGUGCCGCACGGCGUGCCCGAGUGGUGGUGUCCCUCGCAGGAGCCCUACCACCAUCACCACUUGAUGCACCACUCGGGCGCCGCCGCCGCAUACUGACCGCAUCGCGCUUAGGAAACUCUUCAUUCGACGAAUACAUAAAUUUACUGUAAAAAGUAAAUAUUACUAUGCUAGUAAUUUGUCUAAUUACAUUUCAGAUAAGUAACGUUAAAACGGGAUAAGAAAACGUGGAAUGAAUAGUUUACUUAAGCGCCAAAACGCCUUCGCAUUACGCUUAUUAAAAUCAUAAAGUUAACGUAUAGUCAGAAGCAGAAGUUAUUUUUAAUAUUUGUAUGUAAUAUACGCCAGCCGUCCGUCGCAGCAGGUCUCUGCACAAAGUUAGUGAAGAGUUGAUUUGGUAAGCGAAAACAUUGUUGCGGACAACAAUAGAAUUAUUAUGACACGUUUCUGUGCGUUCAAGUUAAAACAACAGAGUUGUUAACAAAGAGCGCUAGUUGAAAGCUUUACGGCAUGUUGUAUAUUUCCCUUAAUCACAGUGUUGUACGCGCUCACUAUGCGGGAAGUGUCUUAUUAUAUUGAAGGAGGCGAGGCAUGUGUCCGCACAGAGCAUUGUCCGCCGGCUAAUGUCAUUUCUAAGCAACUCGAUAUGCACCGAGGAUUUCGUCAACCGUAUUGUUGACAGUGAUUUAUUGCAGCCUUUCGUAAUUUAUAAGUCUUUUAUGAUGUACAAAAACCUUUUCCUUGUCAAAUUAUUCUAUAAAAGUGUACCACUGUCUCUACAGAUACUUUUGAAUUCUAUUUGUAAUUUUAUAUCCUUAACUUGUUUUCCAAUUCGAACGUAAUGUAAGUACAUAGAUAAGGUCACGUGUUGACCAGUAUGGCCAAAGCACCAAGUCCAAUAAAAUACUAUAGAUAGGUUGUAUAAUUGUACAUUUGUAAGUUCGAGGUAUUUAGGUAGUGAACUUGUAAAAAUAUUGUAAGCAAAUGCCCAGUGAUAAUAGUUGUAAGGGAUUGAUUUUAUUAAAUAGCUAUUUGUGUCGUCGCUGAUGAUGUUAUAUGCUAUCGAUUUCUGUAUGACUAUUAUAUAUUUGAAAAUAACAAAUAUUUUUUCACGGAUCGGCUGUAUAGAUAGAUAAUGAAAGUUUGUAAAUGCUAACUAUAUUUUAAAAAUGACUGAAAGAAAAGAAUGUAUUUUAAGUUUAAUUUUAGAAUUUGUUGAUUGUCUUUUUCUAAAGCCAUGUAAAUAGCAAACAAAUUA